CCCCACCUCCCGUUCCCUGGCAUGGGCCACGUCCUGCUGCUGGUCCCAGAUGUCCAGUUCCAGAUGCCUGGCUCGGAGUGGGGAAAUGACCACUGGAGAAGGCCCCACUCCACAAGCUGCCCGGGCAAGCUGUGGUGGCUACUCCUCUGGGGAGUCCUCCAGGCUUGCUCCACGCAGGGCUCCGUGCUCUUGGCCCAGCAGCUACCCCAGCAGCUGACAUCGCCCGGGUAUCCAGAGCCCUAUCUCAGAGGCCAAGAGAGCACCACUGACAUCAAGGCUCCAGAGGGCUUUGCCGUGAGGCUUGUGUUCCAGGACUUCGACCUGGAGCCAUCCCAGGACUGUGAGCAGGACUCUGUCACAAUCACAGCCAGCGGGAUGGAUCCAAGCCGGUUCUGUGGGCAGCAGGGCUCCAUGCUGGGCAGCCCUCCUGGUCAGAGGGAGUUUGUAUCCCCAGGAAACCGAUUGCAGCUGACUUUCCGGGCCCCUGCCUCCUCUCAGGACAGGACCACUGACCUCCACAAGGGCUUCCUAGCCCUCUACCAAGCUGUGAGAGUGAACCACAGUCUGCCCAUCAGUGCACCGGAGGACAACCCCUCCCAGAUCCAGAACCACUGCCGGGAGCCCUAUUAUCAGGCAGUGCCAGCAGGGACACUCACCUGCCCACCCCAGUUCCCCUGGAAGAAGACACAAGAUAGAGAGGAGCUUCCUCACUGUGUACCUGUCUGUGGCCGGCCAGUCACCCCCAUCGCCCAGAACCAGGAAGCCCUGGGUUCCUCCAAGGCCAAGCCCGGCAACUUCCCCUGGCAAGCUUUCACCAACAUCUACGGCCGCGGGGGCGGGGCCCUGCUGGGCGACAGGUGGAUCCUCACGGCGGCCCACACCAUCUAUCCCAAGGACGGCGUCUUCAUCGGGAGGAACCGGAGCGUGGACGUGUUCCUGGGCCACACGAGCAUUGACGAGAUGCUGCGGCUGGGGAGCCACCCCGUGCGCCGCGUGGUGGUACAUCCGGACUACCGGCCGCGGGAGUCCCACAACUUCAACGGCGACAUCGCACUCCUGGAGCUGCAGCGGAGCGUGCCACUGGGCCCCGGCCUGCUCCCGGUCUGCCUGCCCAAGCGCAAGGCCCUCUACCGCAGUGGGGUGUGGGGCUUGGUCAGCGGGUUCGGCGUGGACAGGGGCUGGUUAACCACCGAGCUGAAAUACACAAGCCUGCCCGUGGCCCCGCGGGCUGCCUGCAGGGCCUGGCUCCAAGAGAGGCGGAGGUCUGAGCUGUUUUCAGCCAACAUGUUCUGUGCAGGGGACGAGACGAGGCAGCAGAGUGUCUGCCAGGGGGACAGCGGUGGCGUCUUUGUGGUGUGGGAUGAGCAUGCCCAUCGCUGGGUGGCCACGGGCAUCGUCUCCUGGGGCGUGGGCUGUGGCAAGGGCUAUGGCUUCUACACCAAAGUGCUCAACUACCUGGACUGGAUCAAGGCAGUGAUGGAUGGGAAGGACUGAGCCAGGGGGCGCUUGAGCAGGGACACUCAGCUGGGAACCGCCCCUGUCCCCCAGGAGAGGGUGAGGAGGGAGGACCCAGCUCAGGGAUGGGGAUGGGAGCAGGGAAUCCCUAUUCUAGUGACUGUUGCCCUGUCCCGGCUGGGAGAGAACUCCUCCUCCUUCCCAGUGCCUCCUCCUUCUCCUCCUCUACCUUCCUUCCAGGGAAGCACUGGACCCUCAGCCAGUUUCCCUUUAAACCUCAUCUCCUGCAGAUAUGGCUUCUUCUGUGCUCUCCUGGGAGACUGUCACCUUCUCAUCCCCCAGUUCAAAUGGGGUAUGGGGGAAGUGGUUUUAAUUGCUUUCAUUUCUGAGACAGUUCCAAGCCCCUCUAGUUGGCCUUCACACUUUCAAGCUAUUGGUUUCACCACCACCAAAUCUCCUAGCUGCAAUUCUAGUAAAUAGCCCAUUUAGGCUUCCAUGUUCUGUGUACCAGACGCUUCCCAGGUUAUUUCAUUGACUCCUCACAGCAAGUUUGCCAUGGAGGUGUUAUUACCCACAUUUCACAAAUGAGGAAACUGAAGCCCAGGGACAUAAAGUGUCUUUCCCAAAACCCACAGCUGGGACAGAACUGCCAAGGCCAUGUGCUUUCCAGGACACUGCACUACCUUGCAAUUGUCCUCAAGACCUACUGUGCUUCCCCUUCCCAAUCCCCACAUCCUCAAAGGUCCUCCCUGGGAAUUCCUGCUUCAGUGAAGAUGACAACAACUGGCUCACACUUUCCUGCUGGCCCCAUCCGCUAGACCCCAAGCUGAGCCCAGCACUGGGCUGGAUGGUGGGGCUGAUGCCCCCCAGCACUGCUGGACACCCAGGUCUGGGCUCCACCUGAGAAGACCAGCUCUAUAAUACUUAAUAAGGUCUUGAGGUGAUUUACCGUGAAAGACACAAGUCCAAUACGAUUGUUCAAAUGGAAAUAGAAAAUUAAUACCAUAAAACAGAAGAGAGCAAAUUUGGUAGCAUUGAAGGUCAAGUCAGCUACCUGUUUAACGGUUAAGUUGAUCUUUGAAAAACAGCAGGAUUUAAAGUUAUACAUACAUGCAUUUUACUUUGAUUUUUCUAAACCAUUUUUAAACCUAAGUAUAAAAGAGUAUUAAAAACACCCAAAGGGGCGCCUGGGUGGCUCAGUCAGUUAAGUUUCUGACUUUUGGUUUAGGCUCAGGUCGUGAUCUCAGGGAUGUGGGAUUGAGCCCCCUCUAGGGCUCUGCGAUCAGUGUGGAGUCAGCCUGGGAUUCUCUCCCUCUGCUCCUCCCACUUGUGAUUGUUCUCUCUUUUUCUCUCUCUCUAAAAUAAAAUAAAUAAAUCUUGGGGGACAUGGAUGUUUUGGUAGGUUAAGCAUCUGCCUUCGGCUCUGGUCAUGAUUCUGGUAUCCUGGGAUACCAUGAUUCUGGUAUCCUGAGUCGAGCUCCCUCCUUGUGGGGGAACCUGCUUCUCCUUCUCCCUCUGCCUGCUGCUCUCCCUGCUUGUACUCUCUCUCUCUCUCUCUCUCUGUGUCAAAUAAAUAAAUAAUAAAUAAAUAAAAUCUUUUAAAUAAAUAAUUAAGAACACCUUAAAAUACUGAUGAGAAGUUGUUUUAGGUGGUAUAAUUUUGGCUGUUUUUUCCCCUAUUCUUCUGUAGUUGCUAAAGUUUGCUAAAUUUUAUUUAAUGAGCAUGUAUUCAUUUUAUUUUGUUUUUCUUAUCGAAAAAAUGAUGUUUCUCCCUGCCAAGGCAAAAAGUGUAUACCUAUAUGGCGCUGUAUGGAUCUAGAUGUCUAGAUCUAUCCACAUAAGGUUACCUACCUACCAUUACUUU